AUGGAUCAAAUUGAUAAAAAUAAAAAAAACAAUGAGCUAUCUAGUACAGAUUUAAAAUUAUGUGACAAUAUAUCUGAUGACGAACUAAAUUUUAGCCAAGAAAAUGUAUGGGAUACGGACAUAAAUAUUAUAGAUGAUGAAAUUAGUAAAAUAAAUGAUAAUGACGACUCCUUAAUCCGUACAUUAGAUAACAAACUCGAUAGCAGCAACGCCAAAAAUAAAAAAGCUGAAGAAUCAGCAGCACAUGAAAAUGCUGAUAAGUCUAUAAAUGAUAUCAGUUCAAAUAUAAACUUAGAAUUCUCUGAAAAUGUAAGCAUAAAUGUGGGUGAUGAGAGUAAAAUAAAAAAUAUAAAAAGCGAGGAUAGCAAUGAUUCUUUAGUAAAUACUAAAAGGGAAGACGAAAUUGUAAACUUUUCUAAAAAUGAUCCAGAAAAUUAUGAACAACUAAAAAUACAAUAUAACAAACUUAUGAACAAGUACAAUGAGUAUCAAAAUGAACUAGCCACAUUGAAUAACAAAUUAGAGGAAUGUGAAACAAAAUGUCAAUCUUUUAUAGCCAAAUUUAAGAAUGAAGAAAAUAAAUGCAAUAAAUUGGAAAAAAAAUAUUACGACUUGGAAUUUAUAAUGAAAAAAAAAGAUAUUGAAUUUAAGGAGAAUACAGAAAAAUUAAAUAAAGAUAUAAAUAACAAAACAAUUGUUGUAGAACAAUUGGAAAAAUGUGUAGAAGAAUAUAAAAAUAAACUAAACGAGUCGCAAGACUUUUUUAUUCGAAAUGAAAAAAGAAGUUUAGAAAAUAUGGAAAAUAAAGUGGCUUGUUUAGAAAACAAAUUAAGAGAUAGUACAAAUGAAAAUAUAUCAUUAAUAAACCAAAACAAUGAACUUAGCAAAAUGCUAAAUGAUUUAAAAAUCCGAAAAGAAGAAAAUGAAAAAAAUUUAGAAAGUUUAAAAUAUAACAUAAAAAUGAAUGAACAUGAAUCUUUUUCAAACAUUGAAAAAAUUCAAAAACAAAAUAGUCAGAUAGAACUAUUAUCAAAUGAAAAUAGUAAAAAUGAAAAAAUAAUAGAAUUAUUAAAAAAUGAUAAAUUAAAAAUAGAAGAAGAAAAUGCAAUUUUAAAAAAAAAUUUAUUAACAGUACAGGAAGAAUUGAAAAAAAUUGAACAACAUAGUUAUGAUAUUUAUGAGAUGAAAAAUUAUUUAGAAACUACUCUUGAAAAACAUAAGAAUGUAAUGGAUCAAUUAGAGUCUGAAAAAAAUCAAAAAGAAAAUCUAAAAAUAAAAAUAAAAUCCUUUUUAACUGAAAUUAAAAAUUCAGCUAUUGCAUUAAAAAUGUACAAAAUGAAAUGUUCAUUUUUUAUUAAUAUUAUAAAAAAUUAUGAACAUAAAGUUUCUGUCUUAGAAAGCAAGUUGGAAAAUUACGAAAUGGAUAGAGAAUGGAAUGCUGAAGGAAUAAAUAAGAAAAUUUGUCAAAUUCGAAAAACUCAAAAUGAAAACACAUUAAACUCUGAAGAUCCAAACUUAUUAUCUAAACUUGAUAAUGAGGAUAUACAAAAUGACUCAACACACACAAUGAACAAUUUCAAGGAUGAUGAAAAAUUUGAUAAUACCACCAAUUAUAAACUAAGUGAUAGCCAAAAUGAAUUAUUAGAAGAAAAGUUUUAUCUUGAAGAAAAAAUAGAAAAAGAAAUAAAUAAAAAAGAAGAAGCUUUAAAUAAAUUAAAUAAUCUAGAAACAGUAUUGAAAAAAAAGAAUUUAGAAAUAAAUGAUAAAAAUUAUAAAAUUAAUACAUAUAAAUUAUUAAAUAAAAAUUUACAAAAAAGUAUAACAAAUUAUGAACAUAACAUAAAUUUAAUGAAAGAAAAUAUACAUAAAUUAGAAAAAGAAAUUGAACUUAAAGAAAUUAAAAAUUUAGUGGUACCACCUAAAAUAGUUGUUAAUAUUUCAAAAUUAUCAUCAUUUGAAAAUAAUUUUAAAAAUGAAUUAAAAGAGUUAAUUGGAACAUCUUCAAACUUUUUGGGAAAUACUUUUAAAUAUAUAAAUGAAAAUCCAUUAAAAAAAAAUUUACAAACUAAUCCAUUUUUCUUUUCUUCAACUGAAAAAAAAAAUGAUAACACUACACAAAUAGCUAAUAAUAAAAAAGACAAUUUAAUAAGUACCUAUAUCAACGAUACUGUUGAUGUUACAGGAUUUGCUAAAAAUUUUAUAUAUAAUAAUAUGAACAAAAUACCAAAUUUUAUGAACGAUAAUAACUAUAAAACGGAUGAAUAUCAAAAUGAGCUAGCCAAAAAUGAAAAUAUUUUUUCUGAACAGUCAGAAGAAAAACAAUUCGAAAAAUCCUCUUUACUAAGUGACGCAAUAUGGAACAAACAAAACGAAAACUCAUAUGAGGAAAAACAAGUUAUUAGCACUCAUUCUAAUAUUGACGACCAAAAUGAUAAAGAUAAUGAAAAAAGUGAAAAAAGUGACAAUAAAUAUAUUGACCUUUUUAUGGGAAAAAAAAAUAUGAACACGCAAGGUAACAAAUAUAAUGAAAAAACAAAUGAUGGUCAAGUUUCUCAAUUUUUUAUAAAUACAGAAAAUAAAAUUAAAGAUCUAUUUGAUCUUGGUAGAAAAAAAAAUUAUAAUAAACCAAAGGAAAAAACAGAAUCCUUUCAAGAUAACACAAAUGAUAUCACAACUUUUAGUGAAAAGUUAUUUGGAAGCCUUCGAAAUAUUGACAAUAACAAUAAUUAUGACAUAGAAGAAAAAAAUUUUAAUGCAAACCAAAAUGAUAAGUUCAUGGAAAAUAUAGAAAAACCAAUUACACAAAAAACGGAAAAUAACUUUUAUAUAAAUAAAGAAAAAGCUCCUCAGGAAUUUAAUGCUAAUGAAGAAAACAAAGAUGAUCCAGAACUCAGCUUUUCUGGUGAUGAUGCACAAAUAAAUGAUGUAUGGGACGAAGAAAUAGACAUAGACAAUUUUUAA